AACACAUUGGUUCUGCUUUCGAGUAUUCACGCAAUUUUCAGUUUCAAGGAACUAGAAGUAGAAAUCCUUUGGUUCUUCGAAAAUGGAGCAGGACGUUUUGUCACUGACGAGUUUGGACGACAUCAAGAAGAUGUAUGAUGCAAUUGAACAAGAACAGCAAAAAGCAAUGCGCGACUUGCGGAAUCUCCUGGGAAGUCGUGCUCAGGUGGAUGUGCAAAUGACAAAACUGCAAAAGAUCAUACCUAACCUGUCGUCACUGGUGGAUGAUUCCGAGAAGCUGUGCAGCAGCAUUUCCAACACGUGCAAGCUAGCUGACAGUGUUAGCAGCAAAGUCCGACAGCUCGACCUGGCCAAGGGACGUGUCCAGCAGGCCAUUCAACGCACUAAUGACAUCACAGAUUUGAAGAAAUGUGUUGAUGGCGUGGAGACGGCACUUUACCAGGAAGAUUACGAGACUGCGGCGGGCCAUGUGCAUCGCUAUCUCACAUUGGAUAAAUCCAUUCUCAAAGAAGCAACACUGGACAGCGGCGGUGUUGACAGUGCCAUACUCAAACUGUCCCAAGCUGAGGACCAGCUGAAGCGUAUUGUCCACGAGAAAUUUGACAAGGCAGUAGAGUCCGAGUCGCCGAAAGACGUCGAAAGAUUUUUCAAGAUCUUCCCUCUGCUCAACUUGAAAGAAGAAGGCUUGGAGAAGUUUGGCAAAUACCUGUGCAAUCAGAUUAAACGCAACUCCGCCGAGAAUCUAGCCACUGCCAUGGAGACACCAAAGACCAAGGAAGGAGCAGACAAACGGUCCGAUGUCAUCUAUGCCGACACGGUAACACUGCUGUUUGAAACCAUAGCACGCCUGCUGGAGGAACACAGGCCUCAGGUCGAAACGUUUUACGGUCCAGCCAAUGUGUUUCCAUUACUCAAAGUUCUGCAGCACGAGUGUGAUGCCCAAGCCAAUAAGAUCUUCAAGCAGUUCAUCGAGGAUCGGGCUGUCGAUGCUAAGCUCCAGCAAGUCCGUAUGGCCAUGCACCCAACGAAGGCCACCACUGUUGAGCAACGUCCCGACCCACUCAAGUUUGAUGCACUGCUCGCAGAGAUGACCCUGCUACCGGCGAGAAGUGAACUCUACUUUACAUUCAUGAGGCGACAAGGAGAGGAUGAGUCAGGAGGUGAAUCAGGAGUGGAUGCCAUCAAUCAGCUUCUAACUGAGUCCAACCUGUCUCGCCUCGUUCAGGAAGUGGUCCAGCACUACACGUCACUGGAGGAUUUCUUCAUGCGAGAAAGCAUCGGCAAGGCACUGAAGCUGGACACUGUACCUAACGGUUCUCUGUUUUCGUCCAUGGUUGACGAGGUGUUCUUCGUUCUGCGCAAAGCAAUCAGACGAGCUGUGACUACAUGUGAUGUGGGUGGUGUGUGCGCUAUCCUUCACCAUGCCGGAUCUCUCCUAAGCACGGACUUUUAUGAAAUCAUCGAAGGAAAACUGAGGACUGGUUUCCCCUCGGGAAGCAUUGAUUUCAGCGGUGUACUGCAAGGCCAUAUCUCAUCGACCGUACAGACUGUGCAAAGCAGUUUCCAGUCGAGCAGUGAUGCUGCAGCAGCACGUGCUGCGUUCCUGGUGACUUUGAACAACACUUCAGCUGCUAUCGACAACAUCAAGAAACUGGUGCAAGAUGUCGAGUCUGAAUGCAGCAAACUGAGCAGAGAUAUGCGCAGCGGAACAAAGAUCCAGACAUGUCUGGAUGAGCUUAGCCAGUGCACCAAGGUCUUCCAGCAGCUUCUGGAGGAUGGCCGUGGUCGACUGGCUGCCUCUCUCAGCCCGCGCAUGAAGCCACUGGUGGAUGAGUUUGCUUCUUUCUCUCACCAACCUACAGAGGAUGAGUUCACUAUGUACGAGGCGCAUGACGAGUUUGUGGAGCAGCUUGUGCAUGGACUGGAGUCACUCUUCCAUUCAGUGAAGCCUAACCUGACUGGUGAUAAUUUCGGCAAUGCCGUGUCUCUGAUGGUCACUGAACUCACUCAUCAGCUGGAGCGUGCAGUUAAGAAAUCAGCCUUCAACCAGCUUGGUGGUCUUCACUUUGACAAGCAAUUACGUGCACUGGUAGCAUACCUCUCCACAGUGACGCAGUGGACCAUCCGCGACAAGUUCUCCAAGCUAACACAGAUUGCUACAAUCCUGAACUUUGAGAGGCCUGCGGAGAUAGAGGAUUACUGGGGUCGGAAUGCUGGUCCUGUCACCUGGCUGCUGAGUCCACCGGAAGUCAAGGACAUCAUGGCUCUGCGGAAGGACUUCCGUACGGAUGACAUCAACCGACUGAAGCUCUGAGGUGAAUGUGGACGAGAGCUCCCAGCACGAUUCGUGAGCAAGGCCUGUUGUUGAAUCAUGUACCGUUGUGCGUGUAGCAAGACCUGUCGUUGAAUCUUGUAUCAUUGCAUUGGCAGCCAGUGGUAAGGCCGGUGUGCCUACUAUUGGGGAAGUCACUGUCACUUGUCAACAUAUCCACAGUAUUUUUUGGGCUCAGUAUACACACACACACACACACACACACACACACACACACACACACACACACACACACACACAUGCGCGCACACACACACACACGCGCGCGCGCACACACACAUUUCAUUGAUAUCAUCUCCGUUUAUUCUGUAGCUCAAUUUUUUUAAACAUGUUCUUUUCUGCUUGCCAUUGUAAAUCCUGCACAUACAAGAAUGUAAUUAUAGUAUACCUUUAUCGAUUUGCCAAAAACGUUUUGUAAAUAACGUGUAUGUUUCUGGGUUUUUUCUGUAGAUAGAUUUUUACUUAUUCCAUUCCGGUAUGUUUCGCGCGUAGGUAUUCAUGAAUUACCCUACUUUGGCUCGCCUGCAUACGUCUUAUCAGUAUUCAUAAAUCCCAUUGCCAUGUCACGUACACAUGUACACAGGAGAUCAAUCAA